AUGCAGCAAGAGCAUUUAAAGAGUUUGGUGUUGUUCUACAUCAAAUGCGUCGGUGCAAAAGGUCCAUUCCUGGCGGAUGAUGGUGAGGCGGACACACUGGACCCUAAUGAUAGGCAUGUAUCGACUUCCAAAAAGUUUGCUGCUGGUCUUGUCGAAGUGAAGAGUUUCAUUGAUGAUCAGGGUUCAUUCGUGCCUGAGAUCCUUGCGACCAUGGAUGAUGGAGAAGUGAGAGAUGUUGUGGAAAACGUCGCGACUCUGUUCAUCAAUACGAUCAACGGUAUUGAUGAGAUUGUGGCUGAGCGAGAUCCCAAUAAUCGAGGCGUGAAUUCAGAGGACUCCAAACUUCCACCCGUUGCACCUUAUGACCUGGUUUUGAUUCGCAACUCCGAAUUCAGUGCGAUUGUGAGGAGUCAGAAGGAGCGCCUCCUGGCGCGUUGA